AUGCCAGGCUUCGAGGUAAGCCCUGGGGAAGGCCCCGAACCAGGAUCGCGAUGGAUGCUCAUGUUUGACAGUGCUUCCAAUGCCCGAGGUCAUGGUAUAGGUGUUGUUAUCACUUCUCCAACUGGUUUCCACCUCCCCUUCACCGCUAGAUUAUGUUUCGACUGCACCAACAACAUGGCAGACUAUGAAGCAUGUAUCUACGGUUUAGAGGCGGAAAUCGACUUGAGAAUCAAAAUCCUUGAGGUAUUCGGUGAUUCAGCUCUGGUAAUCAGCCAGGUGAAAGGCGAUUGGGAAACUCGGGAUAGCAAGUUGAUACCCUACAAAGAGCACAUUAGAAAACGGAUACCCUAUUUUGAUGAAAUCUCCUUUCAUCAUAUUUCUAGGGAAGAAAAUCAGUUAGCAGACGCUCUAGCCAUGUUGGCAUCUAUGUUCAAAGUCAAAUUGAAGAAUGAGGCACCAUCCAUCCAGAUUGACCACUUAGCUGAACCAACACAUUGUCUAGCAAUUGAGGCCAAUCCUGACGAUAAGCCUUGGUUCUACAACAUAAAGAUGUUUCUGGAGAAAAGCAAUAUCCCGAGGGUAUAUCCAUUACCGAUAAGAAAGCUCUGA